AUGGCCACAGUGACCGAACUCCCCACAGGUGUCGAUAAUGAAAACCUGGACAUGCCCCGCUUCGUCGAGGAAGCCACCGCCCGACAUGCCAUCCCCACCCCCACACAGACAACUUCGGGCGCUGCCCUGCCCCCCGCCAUAUCCGGAGUAAAAAACACCACAACAGAAGAAUUCCUCAAGGCAAUGAACAAAAUGCCCCUCUUCAUGACAGAGCUGGACGAAUCGAACGAGGAUGGUACGGGUGAGAAUUUGGAGCUUGAGGCCCUGAAGGCGCUCGCAUACGAGGGGGAGCCACACGAGGUAGCUCAGAACUUCCGCAACCAGGGGAACGACUGUUACCGUGCUAGGGCGUGGCGUGACGCGGUGGAAUACUAUACUAAAGCGCUCGCCCUGAAGUGUGGCGUGGCGGAGAUCGAGGAGGCGUGUUAUGUCAACCGUGCUGCUGCGAAUCUCGAAUUGAAAAACCUCCGCAAAGUAAUAGCGGACACUAAAUCCGCGCUACAACUAAAUCCGCGCAAUACAAAGGCCUGGUACCGCAGUGCGCGGGCUCUCCUGGCGCUCGACAAACUUCCCGAGUCCCUCCAAUGCAUCGACAACGGCCUCAGCACCUCCCCCACCAACCAGCCCUUGAUAACCCUGCAGGAGCAAGCCCUCUCCCGCCAAUCCCACCUCUCCGCCCUCGAAACCGUGCGGCGGCAGCGUGUCCAGCGUCAGCUCGCCAUUGAAAAAACCCUCGCCGCUGCACUCGCUGCCCGCAGCAUCACAGUUACGAGGACCCCGCACCCGCCCGACAUGGAGGACGUUCAGGUCCACCUCGAAGAUCCGCUGGAUCCAACUAGUGAAUUGUACUUUCCCGCGAUAUUCCUGUAUCCACUGCAAGGGCAGUCGGAUUUUGUUAAGGCCUUCCCCGUUAGUUCAAAGGUGGGGAUGCAGUUGGGGAUUGUGCUUGCCAAGUUUCCCGAGUGGGAUCAUGAGAAGGCUUAUUCGCCGCCCGGGAAGGUGGAGGUUUUCGUCGAGACCAGGACUGGUGGGUUAGUAAGGGUUGGGAAGAAGGCCGCACUUGGGAGUGUGCUGGGGAAUGGCGGGAAGGUGGAGGUUGUGGAUGGGCUUGUCAAGUUUUUGGUCGUGCCGAAGGGAGAGGUUGGCGCGUUUUUGGAGGAUUGGAAGAGGAGGAUGGGAAAGUAG